AUGCCCCAAGUCUACACGACAGACCACUCUAGCAAAGUCCUCCAAACCCACAGCUGGCGCACAGCCCAAAAUUCAGCGCCCCAUCUCAUCCCAUACAUCAAGCCAACCGACAGAAUCCUCGACAUAGGCUGCGGGCCAGGGUCAAUAAGCGUCUCCCUAGCAAAACUCGUCCCAGAGGGAUCCGUCACAGGCGUAGAAUACGUCUCGGACCCACUCCCUUCAGCACGCGCCCUGGCCAGCGCAGAAGGUGUAACGAACAUAACCUUCCAGGAAGGGGAUAUCCACUCCCUGCCCUUUGAAGAUAACGUCUUCGACAUCGUGCAUGCGCAUCAGGUCCUACAACAUAUCGCUGACCCUGUACUUGCAUUGCGGGAGAUGAAGAGGGUUGUUAAAACUGGGGGUAUGGUUUCUUGUCGUGAGUCUGCGGAGUUGAGUUGGUAUCCUGAGAAUGAGGGGAUUAAGUUGUGGAGGGAUGUUACCGAGCGGAUGCAGAGGGCUAGUGGGGGACAUCCGCAUCCUGGACGGAUGAUUCAUUGUUGGGCUUUGGAGGCCGGUUAUGAGAGGGGGGAUGUUAAGAGGGGUGCUGGGGCUUGGUGUUUUGGAAGUGAUCAGGAGCGGGAGUAUUGGGGUGGGAGUAUGGAGGGGCGGGCUAGGGAGUCUGGGUUUGCCCAGAGGAUUGUUGAGGAGGGGUUUGCAAAGGCUAGUGAUUUGGAGGCUAUUGCGCAGGGUUGGAGGGGAUUCGUUGAGGAUAAGGACGCUUGGUUUGGAUUGCUGCACGGGGAGAUUUUGUGCUGGAAGUCAUAG